CGCUCCGCCCUCCUCCUCACUCCGGCAGGGUCAGGCGCCUGAGGCGGCUCGAGCGGCUGGUCGGUGACGGCUGCGGCGAGGAAGGCUGAGGAGGAGCCGCGAUGGCCGCGAGGAAGGUCCUGGUGGCGCUGCUGGGCGCCUGGCUCUGCGUCGCUCGCGGGGCUUUCGGGGCAGCUGGCUUUAUAAAGUCGCCCCUGUCUCAAAAGAAGCUGACGGAGGACAGUGUGGAGUUGCACUGCGAGGCCAUCGGCAACCCCCUCCCGGAGCUCCAGUGGUGGUUCGAGGGGGCGGAGCCCAACGAGACCGCCGCCCAGCUGUGGGACGGCGCCUGGCAGGAUCGGGUCGCCAUCAACGCCACCUACAAACGGCACUCCACCAGCUCCAUCACUGUCGCCAACCUGGCGCUCAACGACUCCGGCACGUACGAAUGCCGGGCCAGCAACGACCCCGAUCGCAACCACUUGUCGAAGAGCCCCAAAGUCAAGUGGAUCCGUUCCCAAGCGAACGUGAUUGUCGUAGAGCGCCCCACCAUCACGGCCUCACCAGAGGUAAACGAUGGCUCGAACGUGGUCAUUUCUUGUAACAUAAGUGGAGCGCCAACGGCAAUCGAAGGCCAUUACUGGAUGAAGGGGGACGACAAGCUCCAGUCGGAUGACGGUCAUGCAAAUUCCACUUCCUACAUGCUAGCGAAAGUAGACCACGAAUCUUCAGGAGAAUACGACUGCUACUUUGAGACAACCCCACUCGCCAAAGGGACGGUGUUUGUGAAAGUCGAACCUCACGUGAUUCCCUACAAGAAGUCAGAGCAUGGGAAUGAGGGCGACACCGGGGUGCUGGUUUGCAAGCUAUUGUCGUACCCCUCGGUCACCCAGUGGUCCUGGUAUAAGAUGGUGGACGGGCCCCAGCCCAUUGUGAAUGGCACAGAAGACCGCUUCUUCAUCAAAUCCGAGGGCAACAAGACGGAGCUGCGAAUCCUGUCCCUGGACAUCGAGAAAGACCCGGGCAAGUACGUGUGCAACGGCACCAACGAGAUGGGCCACGGGAGCGCCACCGUGGAGCUGCGGGUCCGCAGCCGCCUGGCGGCUCUGUGGCCGUUCCUGGGGAUCGUCGCCGAAGUUCUAGUUCUCAUUACGAUUAUCUUCAUCUACGAGAAGAGGAGAAAGCCCGACGAGGUCCCUGAUGAUGACGAUGGAGGAUCGGCACCACUGAAAAGCAAUGCUUCAAAUCACAAGGACAAGAACGUGCGCCAGAGGAAUGCAAAUUAAGCGGGCAUCAAGGUGACACACCAGUUUUAAGCAGAUCGCUCGGACGUCUCCUCCGUCUUGCUCCAUAGCACCAAGGAUAUUCUAGUGCAUCUUUGCAAAAAUCAGUUAAUUUCACUUUUCGAGAGAGUUUGUAGAGUAAAAUUCCUUUCUUUUCUUUUUUUUUUAAAGAAAGAACAGUAGGGGGCAUUUUUCUACCUAUAAGUUUGGACACACUCUUUUGUUUUGUAGACUUCACUGUUUAGUUGCCGGGAAGGGGUGGGGGGGGGGGGGGGGGGAAUCUAGGCAAAAAUUUAUUGUGGGAAAGAAUGUAAAUGGGGCAGGGCUGAGCGGGCCCCCUUCCCCUUGCGUGGGUGUCUUCGAGAGGGAAGCUAAUUAUUCCCCCCCUUGUUAGCUGUGUGGGUACCAACCGUGGAAGUUCCUUGGGAAGGAAACUGUUUUUAAAACACAUCCGAGGUCAGCAGUGGCCCUGGAAAUGGAGAGAUUUAAAGGCCACCAUUGUUUGAAAUCUUGGUUGCGCUGCUCUUGCAGCCUCUGAUGGGCUUUCCCAGGAAACCCACGAAGACCACUGCGUUGUGUGUAGCAGCAGCUUCCCCUCCCUUCCAAAGCUCGCCGUGUCGGCUCUAACAGUGGACACAGGAAAGCCUCCGACUGGCCAGGCAAGUCCCUGCUGGCCAGACAUCUUAGCUUCCACUCGGCUUCCUGGACCAGAUUUCAUUCCCCUUCGGCCCGGGCGGCGUGCCGCCCUUCCUCUCUUUCAAGUGCCAUAAUGGCUCAGCACUGGGCUUUCAAAACUCUUAGUAACAUUCUGUUCUCAGCUGCAGUCUUUUUUAUGGCCCCACCCCCCACCCCCGCCCCAUCAGAUCUAAACGCAGAACACUUGGGAAGCGUGGCUAAAACGGGUAUACUCUAGGAGCUGGCAUUUUCAGGCUGGGUUUGGUGUUGGAGUAAGCUGUGGAGUGGCCGGGGGGGGGUUGGCAGCCGGGCCUCUCUCGCACUCGACCGAAGCAUCUCCUGGUUGGGGUGGGGGAGAACGUGGCAGCAGGAGAUAAACACCCAGCUGCAGGGCCCCUCCCCACAGAGCCCCUUGACUUUUUUUGGGGGGGGGGGGAGUUGGCAAGGGACGGGAAGCGCCGUAGAGUCCGUCGACCAUCUCUGUCCGGUACGAUUGGAACCUCACCUGUUCUAACAAGAAAGUUUUCUCCCCAAACGGCAGACUGGCUCUUUUCUUGGGGAGUUCCUGCUUCCUGGUUCCGACUGCUGAGGCCUCUGGGUCCGUUCGCCUUGUAGCUGUAGGGACUUUGAGGGCGGGGGGCUGUCAGUGUCGCUGGCUCGGGGAGACUUCCGGUUCUCAGUGCAAAGGGCAGGAAGUCUGGAAGGUUUGGGGAAGGCGUCGGCGCAGCAGAAAGAAGCGAGAGAUGCCGGGAGCGGCACGAAGACCGGAGACUUUGAAAGGGGAGGGUGAACCUACAGGCAGGAGCACAGACGGGAGAGAGGAGCCGGCCUGGGCGUGGGGGCUUGGGAACAAGAACCUUCCCUGGGAAGCUGAGUGGAAAACCAGGCCAGAGCCUCGAAGUCAAGCAGUGGUCGUGAGAAGCGCCUGCAAAAAAUAACCCCUUGCCUGAAGCCUGCUGGAAAGAUGACCUGGCCAAAGAGCCCAAGUCUGGGACGUCCCCAAGUCUGCAAAGGAGCCUUUUCAACUUUGUAACUGCAGAACAUGAUGUGGAAACGGGGGGUGGGUGGGGGUGGAGUUUCCAACCUCGGCGAAGUGCGGAAAUAAAGCUAACAGUGCCCUGAACGAA